AUGGUACCAGGAAACCAUACACAAUUCACUGAAUUUAUUCUCCUGGGAUUUUCUGAGAAACCGGAGCAUGAAGGGCCCCUCUUUGGGCUGUUCUUGGGCAUCUACUUGGUCACAGUGAUUGGAAACUUGGUGAUAAUGUUGGCCAUUGGCUCUGAUUCUCACCUCCACACCCCCAUGUAUUUUUUCCUUUCCAACUUGUCCUUUGUGGAUCUCUGCAUGGUAUCCACCACAGUCCCCAAUAUGUUGGUGAGCAUCUUGACACAAAACAAGGCCAUCCCUUAUGCUGACUGUCUUGCCCAGAUGUACUUUCUUCUUGUUUUUGCUAGUAUGGACAAUUACGUUCUCACUGCAAUGGCCUAUGAUCGUUUUGUGGCUAUCUGUCACCCUCUACGUUAUGCACUCAUCAUGAAUCCUAGGUUGUGUGUCUUGCUGGUGCUGCUCUGCUGGAUAAUAAGCCUUGUAGACUCCCUUCUUCACAGUCUGAUGGUAACACAGCUCUCCUUCUGUACAGACCAUGAAAUUACACAUUUCUUUUGUGACCUUAAUGAGGUUCUGAAACUCUCUUGUUCUGAUACUUUCAUCAAUUAUGUUCUACUAUAUUUUGUUGCUGGAUUGCUGGGUAUUCUUCCCCUUACCGGGAUCCUUUACUCUUAUACUCAGAUCUGCUCUUCCAUUUUGAAAAUUCCAUCUGCUCAGGGGAAGUAUAAAGCCUUUUCUACUUGUGGAUCUCAUCUUUCUGUUGUUUUCUUAUUCUAUGGCACAAUUUUUGCAGUAUAUUUGAGCUCCUCAAUUACCCACUCUUUAUGGAAAGAAGUUGCCUCAGCAAUGUAUGCUGUGGUCACCCCUAUGUUGAACCCCUUCAUCUAUACACUAAAGAAUAAGGAUAUAAAAGAUGCCCUUAGAAGGCUUGCAAGCAUUCUGGCUUGCAGAAAAGCCACCUCUUAG